AGCCUCAAGCGAAAGGAGAGGUGUUAGGCACGCCCACCCGGCCAUGGGGGAGGUGACACUCACUGUGCAGACCUCCACUGGGGACGUGCUGUAUGGACCGCAGGUAGUGCAAGGCAGCGCCAAGGUCAAAGACCUUCUGGAGACCAUUCGGCCUGCGCCGCCAGAACACAGCUGGUCCUUCUUCUACGGCUCUGUGAAGGUGACGCCCGAGUCAGCACUCAGCGACUUCGGCGAGGCAUCUCUAGUACUCAACGCCUCUUACUCGACAGCGGCGGACAAACCGCCGCCAAAGGCUUCAUGAGCAGAUUGUUUAACCGGAGGCAGCACCGCAGUGCUUGCAUUCGAAUGUCAUCGAAGGCCCCUUUGGCGGCACAUAGGAGUGGUGUUUGAAUUCGGCUCAGGGCCACAUGUCGCGAGCCAUGAUGCCCAGGGCGGUCGAGCAUAGACUUCAUCCAAAGGAAGUGAAUCGC